UGUCACCCUCAUUUUACAAUGUCAACGUACAAUUUUUUUUUUUGCUUUGUUUAUUCAGAAAGUAACAGCGAAUGCGGUACAGCAGUUUCAAUUGAAAGGUUAAUCUAUAUUUGCCUUUGUGAUUUCUAAAAAUAAGGUCUCACAUCUUCUUGUGUUCCAUUUUAAACAUUUUCGUGAGUGUACCGUAUUGGAGAAUGAAAUAAGGAUUUUGCUUCAGAUUUUCUGUCAUUGUGUAGAGUUCCAGAAAACGACGGGUAUGUUGUGGAAUUGAGUGAUUUUUAUUGUUGGCUCAAGCCAGAUCAACUGCUCCCAAUAAAUAAUCAUGGGAAAAUUCACCGGCAAGAAAUGUCGGUUACUUUCGAUGCUGUGGCUAACCACGUUUUUCUUCUUCGUGGAAAUUGUGGUCGGUUACAUCACGAACUGCAUGGCCUUGGUGGCCGACAGUUUUCACAUGCUGAGCGACGUCGCCGCGCUUGUGAUAGCCUUCAUUUCGGUGCGAAUGUCCCCCAAAAAAUGGUCUAAGAACACGUUCGGUUGGGCAAGGGCCGAGGUUCUGGGGGCCCUAGUGAAUGCGGUGUUCCUCGUCGCCCUCUGUUUCUCCAUCACGGUCGAGGCGUGUAAGAGGUUCAUCGAAGUUGAAAAAAUCCACGACCCUCAGCUUAUCGUCAUCGUCGGCGGCAUAGGGCUCUUGGUAAAUGUCAUUGGAUUGCUUUUAUUUCACGAACACGGCAGUUCGCAUGGUCAUUCGCACGGUGGACUGUCCCAUUCUCGCAAUCGCUUGACCCAACUCGCCGUCACCGACGACAAUGAGAACGACGAAACUUACCCGUCGCCUCCACCCCCGCCGCCACCCAUUAAGCAGAACUCUCACGGUCACUCGCACUCGGCGGGACAGAUGAACAUGCGCGGUGUUUUUCUGCACGUGUUGAGCGAUGCCCUGGGCUCAGUUAUCGUUAUUAUAUCGGCAUUGGUGUUUUGGUUAACGGACUGGCGCUACAAGUACUAUAUAGACCCGGCUUUGUCGGUUUUAUUAGUGUUGUUGAUUCUGCGAUCGGUAUGGCCUUUGUUGCGGGACUCCGCUCUGAUAUUACUCCAAACUGUGCCCACGCACAUCCAGGUCGAUGCCAUACAGCAGAAGCUGUUGCAAAAAGUGGACGGGGUAUUGGCGGUCCACGAGUUUCACGUGUGGCAACUCGCGGGAGAUCGAAUCAUCGCUUCCGCUCACAUCCGGUGCCGUAACUUAUCCGAAUACAUGAAAAUCGCGGAAAAGGUCAAAGAAUUUUUCCACAACGAGGGCAUACAUUCGACUACCAUUCAGCCCGAAUUCAUCGAUUACACAGACAUACCGACGAGCUCUAAAGGUACACAGGAGCAAGCUACCGAGGACUGCGUCCUGGACUGUCCCAGAACUUCCAACGAGUUAAAUAACUGCCAGAAAAAUACUUGUUGUGGGCCCUCUAAGCAGGAUGCAAACUCUAGCAGUGACGAAGGAUUUGACGGAACUCGUAAAGAGCCGAAAAGUUUUCUUACGGGAUCAAAGAGUUCAGCUUAAACGAGAUGGGUAUUUUCAUUUAUCUGUUCGGCUUACUUCAAAUAGCGACUGACCUGUUUAUUAUAAGGUAACACCGUAUCUCAGAACAAAGGCGCAUGCGUUGCUACCACAUUGUUUUUUUUUUUCAACAAUGCCUUAAGAAAAAUAAUGUGCUAGAUGAUGUACAUCUAUUGCUAACUGUAGAAAACUCAAAGUUAACAAAACUCUGGCAAAAGACGCGUUUCUACAACUCACAUCUAUUUAAGCUUUGCUCUGUAGUUUAUUUUCUCGUUACAGAACGGGAGUAUUUAGAAUUUAAUUAUUUCGGUAAAUUCGUCGCACUUGUCGACUUUGAACUUUUAUAACUGCAAAUCACAAUCUACAAGAAAUAUUCACGGUUGGUGGGACAUUUUUCACAUAAGUAAUUAUCUCUCCCCUAUCCUCCCGUAAAAUAUUUUCAAGGUCCCAGUAUGGCCGCUUCUGUCAAAAACUAGCGACAACUAUGAUUUUUCAAAUGAGACUCCCCGUCUGUUCUUCCAAUUUCGUUUCCGCUAUCACUUUCUGAUUAUUAUGUCCCUAUACAUACUUCUAGCGGUUUUCGAGAUAUUAGUUAUCUGUAUAGUUUAAUAUUUAGAACACUAAAGUUUUGGCAGAAAUUUGCCAGUUUCUUGAGUACUAAUUUGCUGUAGGGUAACAAUUUCUACGAUGUAAAGUGUUUAAAAAAUCAUGAUUUUACCUUACACAAAAUUAGCAAAAAGUUGUUUUUUUUUUAAUGUAAUAUGUUGUUAUCAAAUAUUUUGACAGAUCAUUAAAAGCGCUUUCAUUUCAUACAUCGAAUCGAAAAUCGAAUUAUCUUAACAAUAAAUGAACAAUGACAAAUUGACUAGUCAUUGCAUUGGUAAACAAAUGUUUUAUUAAAGAGACUUAAAAAGCCAAGAAAAAAAAUUGAAAUGGAUAAAGAUUAUUCAAAUGAAUUUUUAAAGAACCUUUUUAUUACAUAUGAAGUGUCGACGGAUUAAGAUGUGAACAUAUAGAAAGUGCAACCAAACGUAUCCUAAAUUUAUAGGAAUAGUUCACUCUCGCGUAGGUAAAAAAGUUUAUAAUUAGGUUUGUGAGAACACUGCUUUUAUUUCGUAAACCAAUCUAGGUAUAAGAAUGUAUUAUAUGCAUUGAAAGCGCUUUUAAUUAUGUAAGGAACUUGCAACCAAAAUUUCAACAAUUAACCCAGAAAUAAGAAUUUAAAUGAGAAUCUGCUUCAGAGGUGUGCGGAAAGGAAAAAUGGAAUGCACUGGUUGGCCCAUAAAAAAACACAAAUUGACGCUACUUUUCGAUACAAACGGCAACCCUGCGACUCUAAAAUUAUCUUAUAUACUUCUUUUUGUAUGCUAACGAUA